AUGAAUACCUCCUAUAAACAAGCUGUGCCAUCCGAGAGCCUUGAGCGCAAAGUGACGUCGGAGAUUGAAGAAAAGCAGGAGGACAAUGAACGCGACUCGCAGGCCGCCGCCAGGUCAAAAAGUAUUCUUAAAAGUACAAGCAAGCAUGGCGAGGAUAAGGCCGUGAUAAUCCAACCCUUUUUCUCAAGCCGUAUCUUGGAAUGGGCUGUUCAUCUCCUCGCAGUCAGUAUAAGUAUUGUUGGUAUUUGCUGGCUUCGCUUUCUUCACGUAUAUUGGACAGAUGAGUCGACGUGGACAACUUCUUGGGCCUGGGCAUUCUGUGGCCUAGAUGGCAUCCUCAAGGCUCUUCAGUUCAUCACCAACGUCCAUAUGUUGCUCAUGAUAACCUCUAUCGCAAACAUAACAAUAAAUUUCGCUCGGCCCCGGCUAGUUGACCAUAGGGGCGUCGCAUUUAACAACUUCUGGUACACCGUCAAGUUCAUAACAAAAGACUCAGCAUCCAUCAGUCUGAGCAUCUUCAUUCUCUGUUCAGCCACCCUCUGCCAGCUCGCCGGCCUCGCGUCCAUCGGCGUGAUUCAGCCCAAUCUUGGCUGGUGGCAUGUGCCAGACCCGUACGGUGGCCAGUCAUUGCCAAUUUAUAUCCAGUCUAAAAAGAACGAGACAUUCCCUUUAACGCUAAACUCUACAACCAUACCCACGUCUGCAGCUGGGUGGGAAUGGGACUUGAACUCGUGUUUGACGGCCGCUCCUCAGACGUCAGCUCUCGCAUGCCCUGGAUACGGAUUUGAAGCUCUGAGAGCUUGGACGCGGUCAAAUUUCCAGAAUCAUACGGCACUAAAUCUAACUAUAGUAGAGAGUGUCACCGGAGCCCAGAGGAUUCUCGCGGCAGAGUCGCUUGGAAAUGGGACCGCCAUCGCGGCGACGCAGUCGAAUUGGGUUGUCCGUCUUUACGCCCUCUUCAUAAGAUACAUACAACUGCACCACCUGGGCGUGGUGAAUUCCAUUAGCAACCCUAUGUACACAUCAGCGGACUCGAUAUAUGCCCCCGUCGUACAAGUACAAUGCCAUACUGUUGAUAGAGCCAAUGCCAACCACUCAGGCGUCAGUUUCCUCACAAACAGACUAACUAACUACACAGAGGACGGCGCCAUAUGGUAUGAUUCAAGAAUAUCGUGGACAAUACCUCAUCAGACUUGGAACUUCAGCAAUAGCCAUAACGGUUUGGUCAGUUUUAAUUGGGUUGAUCUUUCAUCAGAGAACGCUCUUGAAAGAGGAGACGAUGGGCAAACAACGAAACUCGACUCGACAUGGCAUCCAUCCAUCGGUGCCGUGGCCACGAUACCUGGCAUGCUUGGAGACCAACCCACCUCUUAUAUCGUUCCAUGCAUUGUGGAUGCUCGAUGGGCUGCGUCUUCGGCUUGGUACGAGCCCACCAUGAGCGAAACGGUCAUUAGCAACUUGUCUAAUCCCAGCGUUCUCACUCAUUCUACAGUUGCGCUCAACUUGGACGGUUCCGUCCCUGCCACAACAAAACCACGUCAACAAUGGGGCAUUGGAGAUUCUAUUAACAUAAGCCCUAAUUGGGCGGAGCUGCUGAAUGCUCCGGGGCAUCUUGCCUUUACGAUGACAUCCAGCGAUGGAGGUUUCGUGACAGACUCGGCCGACAUUAUGGAGGGGGCAGCCGACAAAGUGGCUACUAUUCUGAGCCUUGCAAUUGCUGACGGUCUAUCGCGUAUUACUGAUUGGAGCGAUAGUCUGAUCAUCUUGGAUACAAAUAGCGAUAACAUCACUUACACGUAUUUGGAUGCUCCUUCUGACAAAAUUGACUACGCAAAUCGGACUUCCUUUGACUCAGAACAAAAUACAUUCCUCCGGCUACGAGUCCAACGCUAUGGCUGGGCAUACGGCUGGUCUACACUCACAAUAUUAUCCGUUAUUGUUUUAUUAAUACAUAUUUCCAUGGUCGUAUGGUAUGCUGGCUACCAGAUUCGAAGGAGGGGAGACAGUGUCCAAUUCGUUGCGGGAAAGAAAUAUAUCUAA